AUGGACACCUUCACCUCAGGAAUCUGGUAUCUUUCAGAAUCCAACAUCAUCUGGGUAGCUAACAGAAACCAGCCAGUUUUUGAUGCUUUUGGGACUGUCACAAUCUCUAAGGACGGGAAUCUUGUGAUUUUGGACAGACAGAAUAUGACUGUCUGGUCCUCAAAUGUUUCAAACAUUGCAACUAAUUCAAUUGCAAGGCUUUUGAACACUGGGAAUCAAAUCCUCUCUGAUAACAGCACGGGAGAAACUGUAUGGGAGAGUUUCCAAGAUCCUUCUAAUCUUCUAGUUCCAAAGAUGAAGCUCAGCAUCAACGAAAGAGCUGGAGAGAAAGUGAAACUUACAUCAUGGAAAAGCCUUUCUGAUCCAUCUAUUGGAAACUACUCUGCUCCUCUUGAACGCCCAGAUGCUCCUGAUGUCUUUCUCUGGUUUAAUGGAACUCGCCCGUAUGCUCGAACCGGUCCAUGGAAUGGUAGGAUUUUUAUAGGGUCACCCACAAUGUCACCUGGGUAUCUUUAUGGAUGGAGUGUUGGGAAGGAAGAUGAUGGAACUAUUUAUGUAACAUUUAAUUUUGCAAAUGAUACUACCUUUGCAGUUCUUGGCUUGAAUCCACAAGGCCAACUUUGGACGGCAUGGUGGAACAACAAAAGGGAAGUUUUGAUGGAGGUGAUUAAUGUCACUUACUGUGAUCUAUAUGGCGUGUGUUGGGCAUUUGGAAGCUGCAAUUCACAAAGUUCACCGAUUUGUAGCUGUUUGAAUGGGUAUGAACCAAAGAAUUUAGAGGAAUGGAAUAGGCAAAAUUGGACUAGUGCAUGCGUGAGGAAGAAGCCAUUUCAAUGUGAGGGGUUUGCAAAUAGAAGUGAAGUGGAAGAAAAAGAUGGGUUUGUAUGGAUUCAGGACAAGAUUGCUGCACAAAUGGAAAGUAGCAAAGGAAGAGAAGCUGGAGUCGAUCAAAGUUUUGAGAUCUUUAAGGGAGUGAGAAAACUGAGAGAGAAAGAAGAAGAGGAAGAGACCAAAAAAUGGGGAGAGAAAUACGAGUUUGAGGGAGCCACAGAGAACAAAGAAGACGGAAAAGGGUCAGAGCACGACACAAGAAAGGAGAGAAGCAGCUCUGGGAUAUCAAGAGGAGGAGGAGACGCUCUACAGGUUUUCUAA